AUGUUUCUAAGAGGAGAUAUUGGUGAUUCUUCAUAUGCAUAUAUUACGGGUGGCCUUGUGCACGAGAUCGAGGAUAUGUGCCGAAGCACCAAAGCAUCUGCCGUUCCAGUUGUGCCUGACUCUGAAGGAACUGAAACAAAUCCAUUUUCUCUUGAUGCAUUAGCUGUUUUCAUGUUUCGUGUGCUUCACCGAGUUAAUCAUCCGGGGAAUCUUGACAAGGCAUCUCCAAAUGCUGGCUAUGUGUUGCUAAUGUUUUAUCACCUUUAUGAGGGCAAGAGUCGCAAGGAAUUUGAGUCUGAGCUAAUUGAACGCUUUGGCUCAAUUGUGAAGAUGCCUCUACUGACGCCCGAUAGGAAUCCUCUACCCGAACCUGUGAAGUCUGUUUUGGAGGAGGGAAUAAAUCUAUACAAGCUUCACACCAACAGGCAUGGAAGAUUGGAGUCAACCAAAGGAAUGUAUACAAAAGACUGGGCUAAAUGGGAGAAGCAAUUGCGGGAAAUUUUGUUUGACAAUUCUGGAUAUCUCAAUUCUGUUCAGGCUCCGUUUGAAUUGUCGGUUAAACAAGUUUUGGAACAAUUAAGAGCUAUUGCAAAGGGUGAGUAUACAACACCGAGAACUGAGAAGCGGAAGUUUGGCAACAUCGUUUUUGCUGCUGUCAGUCUGCCUGUAACAGAAAUGAUAAGUUUUCUCAGUAACUUGGGUGAGAGGAAUCCUGAGGUUGAAGCUUUCCUCAAGGACAAGAAUAUGGAGAACAGUCUUGCAAAGGCUCAUGUGACCCUUGCUCACAAGAGAAGUCAUGGCGUUACAGCUGUAGCCAGCUAUGGGCCGUUUCUCCAUCAGGAGGUCCCCGUGGAUAUGAUUGCGCUACUGUUUUCAGAUCAACUGGCUGCACUGGAAGCUCGUCUUGGUUCUGUUGAUGGUGAGAAGAUAAGUUCGAAAAACCAGUGGCCUCAUGUCACAUUAUGGACUGCUGAAGGAGUUGCAGCAAAGGAAGCCAACACACUACCACAGCUGGUUUCGGAAGGGAAGGCUACUCGUAUUGAGAUCAACCCACCAGUCACCAUAACCGGCAUCCUAGAUUUUUUUUGA